UCCGUCGUAGUCGGAUUGUGUCGUUCUGCCGCGCUGUCUCUCUCUCUUUCUCUCUUUCUCCUUCUCUUUUUCUCUCAUUCCCUCCCGUGGGCACGCGCGCGCGCGCCACUGUGUGUAUGUGUGUCCCUCGUUCUCCCUCUGUGUCCCCCUUUUCCCCCGCAACGACAACGAGUUCCGCCCAGUGAAAAAGAGUCGAGCUUUCCUGCAAACAAGACGCGUCCUCGACGGCAGUUGUUUGUUUUCUGGUUUCGUGGUGUCGCGGUGACACAAACAGCGAAGUCGAAGAAGCGAGGGACCGCGCGUGCGGAGGAGAGGAGAGACAACGAGCCGCGUGUACCGUGCCACCCGUGUGGGUCUCGACGUUGUCGUUGUCGUCGUCAUCGUUGUUGGUGCGAAGAGUUUCAGUCAACGGAAGGAGAAGUAGGUUAGCACACGGUGCCUUUCGCGUCCGCGGUAAAAUAUACCUGGUUCUCCGACUACUUCUCUCUAUACCUUUUACACGAAGCCGCGUAGUGUGUACCAUCCUGAUGUGGUGACGUUUAACCAACGCGCACUUCUUUUACGUAACGAAAGCGCGUUAGAACGUGCGCGUGCGCUCUAUACGUAAUCCGUCUUCGGUUUCUGUCCUUCUCGUUUGUCGGUUGCAAGCGAGAAUCUUCGAUCAUCGGUAGUCGCGUUCUCGUGUGUGCUCGUGUUCCAUCGGAUCGGCCGAUCGGUCAUUUUCGUCUCGUUAGCAGUGCCUCUGUGUGAAUUUCGUGCCGCAUUGCUUUCCCGUCUUUCAUGUGCGAUACACCGAUUUCGGAGUGUGAUUUCGCGCGAUUUUCGCGCUUUCGACGCAGUUUGUUUCGAUAAUACCAAACGACUCGAUUCGAUACGAUUCGAUUCGUUGCGAGAGUCGAUUUCUUUCCACUUAACCAAGUUCACGGGGCAAAACGCGCGCCUGUUCCGCGAACACGUCAGUUCUUUUUCAACUAUCUUAGCAGUGUGAUCGAAAAUAACGUUCGUGCUUUUACAGUAAGGAGUUUUCUUCGUUCGGAUACGUAACCAGCCGAUUAUACACGUACGCACAAACAUUGGAAACCGGUGCUAUUCAACCAGCAAUUUCUGCAUCGAGUACUCUUCAUUGAUUCAAUUUCGUAUUGUUUUGUGGUGUUUCGUGAGGUGUGUUUGUUCAAACCUCCAAGUGGUGCGACUGUUUUUUAAGUGUGAUUUAAAUCAGUGAUUUGAAAGAAAAGCCGAUUAUUUGGCAAAUAAAAGAAAAGCAUAAAGUGAAAGUUUUAUCAGUGCAGUAUUACGCUAUUCUUUGUGGAUUAUUGGAUAUACUAUACACUACUCUGCGACUUGCCGACGGAGCGCAACAUUGCGACUCACAAUUUAUGUAAGUGUUUCAUCAUUGAAGAUUAAUGGGACUGGCAUCGGGCAAAUUAAUUUGAUGCAGAGACAAAGCCGGGGUAGCUCGGAGGUGGAGGUUGCGCUUAUGCGCCCUGUAAGCACGGCUGGCUAAUAGCACCACGGCCCAUCCCCGACACCCUACAAGCCACACCAGAUCAGCAGUCGGCGUGACAUGGAUGUGAGCUUCACGAACGUAUUAGAGGGGGCUCGCCAGUACUUCCAGGGACUGCCGGUACCGAGUACAGGUAGUGCGACCGCGUCAGCGGAUCACGGUCUCGCGACAUCAACGAGCUCCGCCUCGUCCGUAUCGUCGUCGCACGACCAUGGCACCUCCUCGUCCGUGGCUCCUCCGUCCCCGGCACCACCCGCACCGCCACCACCACCGCCACUAUCGCUACCGUCGCAAUCGGCUUCGAGCGGCAACGCCAACGAUCAAGAAACGAACCGAUAUCUCGGCGAUGUCAGGCCGUCGUCCGUGGACAACGCGGCGACGAGCAGCAGCUUCUGGAGCCCAUCCGUCGAACCUUAUCCACCCCAGCCGACCAGGGUCGAAGUUCCGGACACGAGGCCAGGCGACGAGGGAUCUCCCAUGGAGGCGAGCUCGUCGUCCUCGAGCAUCAUCACCCUGACGGAGAUGCAACCGGUAUCGGCCUCCAAUCGUUCCUCCUCCGCGUCGAACUUCUCUCAGAAACAGCCAACAACCUCCUCGUCGUCCAACAACGAUCCUCUUCAACACCAUCAUCACCAGCAUCACCAUCAACAGCAACCAACGACCGCGGCCGCGCCGACCUCGCCCCAUCUGCAUCAAAUGCAACCGCCGCAGCAGCCCAAUUCCCCGGGCCCCGUCUACCAACAAUUGAACCCCGUCUCCAGAACCUCGUACUCGACCGCGGAGAUAUUCGCCUCGACGCACCAACCGACUUAUCAAACUGCCAACGAUCGACAAUCGCAGCCGAGCGCGCCGGUCGUAGCACAGAGAACCCAAUAUUACCCCCGCUACCACCAUCCGGACAUAACCAAGAGCGCCCCGGUUCCGUUCACCCAGAGCUCCAUCUACCAAUCGUCCACGGUCGCAGCGGCGUCCACGUCGACGGGGAACGUGCAACCGGCCACGAGGCCGACGCCUGUCGAGCAGAGCAACCUCGCGCCCACGCAAGGCCAAGGGCAGGAGCAGAGGGUGCCGCCUAGUUCGUACACCGGCAACAUCCCGGCGUCGAGUAGCUCGAUUUACGGCUCGUCCUCGGGGACGCACAACUAUCGCGCGGCGACGCAGCAUCAGCAGAACCGAUUGACGAACCCGUCGUCGUCGUCCACGUCGUCGACGUCCUCGUCGUCCUCGUCGAGCAGCCAAGCGAUGGACAACAACAGGCCCUCGCAUCAGGAAAGAUCGCAUAGCUCGCGCGUCUCCUCGUCUCCGUCCUGCUCGUCGGUGAACCCGUGCAGUCCCCGCCACACGGCCAAUCCCUCGAGUCACAUUCCUUCGUCUUCGUCGUCGUCCGCGUCGUCGCUCUCUUCGUCCACGUCGUCGUCGCCCUACCAGAACCUCCCGGCGCACAUUCCUUCGUCUCACUUGCCAUCCGCCGGGACCAUGAUACCUCCUCCUCACCACCAGCACGCCCAACAGCAACAACAAUCGCAACAACAGCACCAGCAGCAACAGCUUUCUAGUCGAAUAAACGCGUCCCCUCAUUCGAUGGCGUCCAGCUCGUACGCGGGCCGAAUGAUCGUGCACGGGACGUCCGCACCCUCCUCCUCCUCCACCCCCUCCUUCUCCUCCUCCUCCUCCUCCACGAGUUCGAACCAAAUGCCACCACCACCGGCGGCACUAGGCGGUUAUCACCCCGUCGCCUCGCCCCACGACGUUCCGCAUCACGCCACCCCCUCGCCCCACAGACAAUCGCCCCACGUGUCCACCCUGCACAAUCCUCACGCCUCUCCUCAUCACACGCCAUCCCCGCACAGCGGCUUCCAGCCGCACUCGCCGACUUAUCCGCCCCCUCCGCCCCCGGCCACCUCUCACUCCACCCCACACUCCUACCCUACCCUGCCCCCCAUCACCUCGCAGCACUAUCAGCAGCCGAACGCGGCCGGCUACGCCGCGAAUCCGUACGGAUUGCCGCCACAAUCUUCGUAUCAUUCCUACCAAAAGAGCCCUCAACCGGCGGCGCAACACACGCAGGCCAACUAUUACUCGCAAUCGAGCCGACCCCAACCGAGCCAGCAGCCGUCGUACGUCCAGCAGAUGUCGAUACAGCCGCAGUCGAUCUGCUCGGGGAACGGGAACGCGAACGGCGCCGUCUCUUAUCAGCCGAGCAAACCGGUCGUAACGUACAACGGGGCGGACGGGGCGAAGAGGAGCUCGAUCGAGGUGCCCUACGCCUCGCCCUACCGCCCUACCCAGCCGUCGAUCACCGGUCAGAGGAGCGGCAACACGCACAACCUUCCGCCCAUCGCCGCCCUGUCGUCCUAUCAUUCCAACAGGCGGGAAUCCGCGAGCAAAGGGCAAUCGUCGGCGGUGCAGAGGCAACAACGCGGCUACGGAACGGCAGCGGCAACGAACAAAGUUUCGGUCGUCACGCCGCCCGCGUCCUCGAUGGCGGCGGCGCCUCAGAGGUUGGCCGAGUAUCCGGCCACCCUCUCGGCCAUGAAUCACGCGAUGCCCGUGAACGGGAGGACGAACACGGUGACCAAUUCCUCGUACAGCAGAUACAACACCGCCCAACAACAACACGGUUGUUACCCGAGUUACGCGACCACGAUGGCGCCCAGCCACCAAGGCAGCAACUCGUCGAGCACCACCGUCACCUCUAUAGGCCACUCGGCAUCGAGAUCUUCCGUUCCAUCGGCAACGACGAUACACGGUUACCAGACGGCCGAAGGGAAUCGCGCGGGAUCCGGUUAUCACCAUCAACCCGUGAGGGGGAGCGAGGAUUACGGGUACAAGGAGUACCCGUCCUCGUAUCAGAAUUCGAGCGCCACGAUCCAAUCCACGGUCGCCUCUUCCGUGGCAACCUCGUCGCCCCAGACGAACGGGGUGAGGAAGAGGGAAUCCCCUUUGGACCUGUCCGUGAAAACGGUGAAAACGUCCGCCGACUCGACCGCACAGGACGACAUCGAGACGAUACCCACGAUGGAGAAGCACGUGAGCAGCACCGGAGGAGGCACGGUGAUCUCGAGGAGCAACAGUUCCAGAACCAUGCUCCCCCCUCCCCCGCAGCCUCCUCCCCCGCAGCCGGCCUCCUACCCUCCUACCUACGACAACAGAUUGUCGGCCGGUAACGCGAGAAACUUGCCGCCGACCAGCGCCGUACGAACGUCCACGCCUGUUUGCGCGCCGAAGGUCGACUUCCUGCCGGACUUCAAUUCCGCUCCGUUGCGCCACCACCACGGCCAACAACAACCGCACGAGAAUACUCUUCAACGGAGGAGCUCGACGCAGCAGCUCUACGCCCCGCCCCCGCAGCCUGUUCCCUCGCAGCAUCCUAACAAUACCGCUCCACUGCCCCACAUGUCCACGUUCAAGAAGACUUCACUGCCCACGACGCAGGUUUACGAGCCGGCGCCGCCCCCACCGGCGCCGCCCUCGUCCUCGUAUCCGACGAGCAACGACACCGCCGCCAACGCCUCGAGAUCCUCGAGGUAUCCUCCGUCUUCGAUGAUGGACCCGGCGAGGAUAGGGCCGGCCGCGGCCGCGCUUCCCGUACAGGAUUACUCGCCGUCCGACUCGUCGAAAUAUUACUUGGACGGGAGAAGCGGCGGCAAGUUCGGGCAACCGGCGGCCCAGCAGCAGAGGGAGAGGACCGCGACACCCUCGAAGAGGCCCGGGGAGACGAUAUACGGGGCUGGGGGGCCGAACAAGCAGCCGAGGCUGGACACGUGGAUCCAGCAGAGAUUGUCAACCGCGAAGGCUCUCUACGAGCAACAGAAGAGACAGGAGAUGAAUCUGCCUGUCCCGUUGCCGAAUGGGACCCUGGUCGCGCAGCAGAAUAGUUACGAGGUACAGAGGUCGGAUAACGGUUACGCGUCGUCCGAGUCCAGGUAUCAGCAACCGUCUUACUGUGAUAAGAGGAAUUACGGAGCGGAGCCGAAGGCAACUCACGCUUCGCCGCCCUACGUCCAUCCGGUGAUCACGAAACCUGCGAGCGUUCAUUCCGCGCCGCAACAAACGGGGCAAGCGUCCGUGUACGCGAAUUACAGGCAGGGCCAGAAAGGUAGCGGGCCGCCGACAACAGGUGGUGCCAGUUCCGGGGGGCAGGCGACGGCCGAGCCGCCUAGCAACACCGGUGCCGAUAAAAGGGUGCUCAGCUUGUUGAGGAACAGCUUGGAGAACAAGCAGCAGAGGGAGGAGCAGAUGAACAGUCAGCAACCCAUCCUGGCUAAUCAUAGUCAGCAAAGUUUUCAAAAUAAGGUUGUUGCACCGGUCGAGCCCAAAACGAACAUAGGAAGGCACAACCUGUCACCAUUCACGGCUGCAAGCUUACUGGAACGAAACAGCAACACGCCGCCCCAUUACAAGUUCCAUGUGCCGAGAGCGGUAGACUCGAUCACUCAGGAGGCCCCCCGUAGUUUGUACGGCUCGAGAGUAAAUUCAUCCGCCACGCUACCUGGCAAGGAGGCACUCCUGGGACCCCGAGGAGCCGAGAAUCAGAUUCACCGUGACAAAGACGACGGCCUCGCCGCCAUAUUGGCAGCGAAAAUCAGAACGAAGGCGGAACUGAAACAGGUGGGGACCGGUCAAUUUGCAACGAAACCGACCAAUGUACCCUCUCAGGAUGCAUCGUCCACUCCAAAAGAACAAGACAGCGCCGCAUCAACGUCGACACCUCAAUCAGGCUCGUCUGCAGGCAGUCCUCCAAAGUUGACCCGCGAAAAAGUGGCCUGUUUACCGCCCCGAAGACGCCUGUUCUCCAGAACGGAAGAGGAGAACAUGCCGGUGGCCGCGACGGUUCCGGUUCCGGCGCCGCAGCCUGCGAUCGCUUCGAGCGUGCCGGCGCGCGCCAGCGGGUUCAGAAGCUCGUCCGAGACUUCGGUGUUCGACUUCAGAGAGAGCGAUUCCGAAGGCGAGAUGCCUGUUCUCGAGCGGCAAACGCUCGAGGAGAUGAGGAGGGACAGAAAACAGCUGUCGAAGGUACAGCCACCCGUCCCACUGAACGAUGCCAUGUGCAUGGGCAUGACCUCAUCGUCGGAUCUCGUGAAAAUAGAAUUGAAGGAGAACGACAAGAUCACCGAAGUAGACACGUUUUGGUCUAGUACGUGCGACAAGUUUAUGGAACAACUACGAACCGGUGACGCGAUGAAGAAGCGUGGCCGCAAGAAAAAGGUCAGUUGUACUAUAACCUCGAAGCUCGAAGAUGCUGGGAACGACAGCAGCAAAGAGUCGGACGCGAACACGUCCCAGAUCAAACCUGAGGACAUCAAGAAGGAGAUUCAGGAUAACGAUUCGCCCACAAUGGACAGCAAGGACGAGUCUCCGGAGGUGACGAAAGAUGACGAAUCGUCGGAAACGAAGGAUAUCAAGGUUGAGGUGAAGAUGGAGCCAGAGAUGAGCAAGGACGACGAGGAGAAGAAUUCCAGCGACGAUUCGGACGAAGUACCGUUGAUUCGACGAACGAAGAAGAAGACGAAGAAGGACGACAGCGAUUGCGAGGAGGAGAUAAUAUGCAGGAAGAGAAGGGUGCGCAGAGGAAGCAGAAUUAAAUUGCAAUCGUCCAGUGGUAGCGAAUCUUCGAGCGAGGAGAGCGACGGCAGCACGGAGUUUGGUCACGGUUCUUCCGUGGCUGACAGGCUGAGGGCUAGGAAACGGUGCGCCAACAGCAGCGCAGAAUCCGAAGGGAUGAAGCUUAGAUCGAGAGACGCGACGCCGCAGAAAUCUAAAUCGGAGAAAGAAUCGAAAUCCUCCACUUCGAAAACUUCUUCCCAAAAAGGAAAGCCGAAGCCUCUUUUCGGAGACGGGAGCGAUUUUAGGCCCGGCUGGGAGGAGGAGGUUUACGUGUACAAGAAAUCCUUGAGGAUGCCGCCUAGAUUGAUCACAGUGUCGAAACCGUCCAGGUUUCACAGAUUGUCUACCUCGCUGCCUGAUUUGGACCCCGGCUCUCCAGCCUUGUCUGUCUCCAUGGAUAGUUCUGAUGUGUAUCUGAACAGGAAGAAAUUGGUCGACAGCGACGUGGAGUCCAAUUACAGUUUUAGCACAACUGGAAUUGGAAUAGGAAGUAAGAUCGAUGACGAGGAGGCUACGUCGUCCACGACCAUCUCGUGUCCGCCCAAAGGUAUGAAGCACUCCAAGUCGGAGAACAGUUCUAUCGUUGAUGUCUUGGCUCAGAAGGUUGGUACCAGUAAGAAGGAGCAGAAGAGGAAACAGAAGGAGAAGUUGGACAAAGGUGUAAAUAAAACGCCGCAGAAAGGCAACAACGAACCCGAAUUGCUCCCUACUCCAAGUCUGACACCCUUGGUGGAAUCGUCCAAAUCGCCUAAGGGUAAAUCACCUGUCAAAGAUAAGUCGUUAAAAGCUAUCAAAAUGACAGAUUCGUUCCUGUUCGGUUUCCGCAAGGAAACUGUGAACAACUUCCGUGAUACGUUUAAGAAUAAUCACGCUUUGCCGAACGAGUUCUCCACAUUGGUGCUUAAGAGUAGAACGAGAACAGAGACUAGGGUGUUGAAGAAACAGGCGACAAUUAGAGAAGUUUUCGGCGAGGAUAGGCCAGCUUCGGCACCACCUAUGCAAAAUCACGAUGAUACCUCUCAAGACGACGAUUCUCAGAACGAAACACCAGAGAAUAGAUUGAGCAAAGAAAGGAGCUUGAAGCAGAAGGUGGUUUCGAGGCUGAAGAACGCUGGUAUUUUGAGGAGUCACAAGGCGAUUAUGAACUCGAAGCAUCAUCUGUUGAUGAAGAGGCGGAAAGACUUGUUGAAAUCACUGGCUGAGAAGAAGCUGCGACAUUUAAAGACUGAGACGGAAGAGGAACCGGCACAGGAGGAAACAAAUGAUGCGCAGGAGACGGAGAACAAUGAGCUCGAUGACGAGACCAAUGAAUCAGAAGUUCCUAAUAAGAAGAAGCUUAAAUUGCGGACAAGCAGGCGGAAAUUCCGCUCCGGAUUCGAUUACAUUCGCAAGAAGAAAAAACCUUUGAAGAAGGAUGAGACAUUACCCAAGGAAAGAAAGAGGCAAGUGUUGACGAGGCCCAGUCCAGAGUGCGUAGCAGAUAUUCAGUCGGAAAUUAGAACCUGGGUGAUCAAAAAGGGUGUAGGUGAAACGUUGCUGCACCGUGCCGCCAGACUCGGUUAUACGGAUGUCACCGCGUAUUGCUUGGAAAAGCUAAAUAACGCGCCGAGUCCGAAGGACAACGCGGGUUACACGCCUCUUCACGAAGCGUGUUCCAAAGGCCAUCUCGAAAUCGCGAAAUUGUUGCUCGCAUACGGUGCGAAUGCGAGUGAAAGUGCCAAUGGUGGAAUAAGACCACUUCACGAGGCAGCUGAAAAUGGUGCUACCGAACUCGUACGCCUGCUACUUUCCUACGGCGCUGAUCCCUUAUUAGCCACUUAUUCCGGACAAACCCCGCUAAUGCUAGCAGCAGAUACCGAUGCCUAUUCGAUCCUAGAACAACAUUUAGAUGAUAUCCAGGGUCGGGCGAGUACAACGUGGUCUUUUGGCGGCCCGUCAUCUAUUUUUGACCUCGAAGAAACAGGUUAUAAUCCCCUCGACGAUCCUCCUAUGGACAGUCCUGAACCCGAACUAGAUGAAAUCGAGGUAGAGACGGGUGAUGUGAAUCUGCCAGUUCUCUUUACCCUCACCAACGAUCCGGAUAAAUGGAUGCUCCUCCAAGACUUGAUGGCCGCUCUUCGAAUAAAGAGUAGAGACGCGUUACUCCGUCAAAUAAAUCCAAAGGCUCACUCCGGCCCACCAGCCAUUGCCCAUCGUGACGUGAUGAAAGAAUUAAAACUUCAAGAUUUUCUGGAACAAUCCCGUUGCUGCCAUUUGCUCAGUGGUGGCGAACGAAUCAACGUGAGGGGGUCCAAGGUGACUCUGAUCAAGUACAACGACAAAGUAAGAUCUCUGUUGAACGUGGAGAAGGUGGUGAUCAGCCUGAGGUGACAGGAGGCGCCUCUGGGGCAGUCAUCACCCCAGGCUAAACCGUCGACUUCCGCCUCGAGGGAACUUCCGAAAAAGAGCUCGAGCGUGUCUCCCAAGAGACAGGCCAGAACGCGACAGAGUAACAAGACAGCUGCCACGGAUUGAACGUGAAUCUGAAAAUCUUGUUCGCUGUGAAAAGUCGCUCGUUUGAGCCGUUUCGAGUCUCUCGUUCGAUGAGAGGCCAGCUUUUUUCCUCUCCGAUUCCGCACGACGAGGCAACCGGGGUCGAAUGCAAGGUGCGAAAACUACAUUUAAGCUUAUACGAUAGGGGAAGAUCGUUCAAUAACAGUGCUUUCUGACACUAUUUAGCAGUAUUUAUUGACAAAUGUUCUCUACACGGUGAUAUUUUUAUGGAUAAUUGAAUCCUGAAUAAUGGUUUUUCGAUACGAUGAUUAUUAUCUUGUUCAAUGAUAUCAUACUGUCCUGAUCUUGUAUAAUAAUAUUCGUUCAAACAUUCAAUCCGAAAGCGAGGUAAUAUUUGAACGAUCCUUGCGAAUAUUUUGGAAUCUGAUAGGCGUCCAUGCGCUUAUUUUCAUUCACUCGAUUAUUCGUUAUUGAAAGAAUCGAUACUCAUUGUCGAAGAGAAUUUGAAACUGUGAAUGGUAACUGCGUGCGUUCUCAAUUGAAUCGAUUAUGAUUGUUUCGUUAAGUUAACAGAGAACAAACGUUGAAAAUUAUACGAGUUAUCGAAUUAUUAGUACGUUGUUAAUUUCGUUUUUUCUCUGUCUUCCUUUCUUUCUUUCUUUCUUUUUUUUUCUUUUUUUUCUUUCUUUCUUUUUUUUUUUUUUUUUUUUUUUUUUUUUUUUUUUUUUUUUUUAUUAGUAAUAAGUCGAUUAAAGUAUAAUUCGGUUUACGCGUUUACAAAGAUUUAGAUUUAAGCAAGCGUUUAUUAAUCGUCGAAAUAUGGAGCAUUUACGUUUUUUUCUUUUCUUUUCUUGUUUUCUUGGGAUGUGCAAUUUCGCGAGUCCACUUUUUCUUGUUAAAUGAUUACCGAUUAAACGCGAUCGAUCAGCGCCCCUUAGGUCUGAGAAACGUAAGAAAAAUGGAUCGACCGUGUAAUAGACACAGUGUGCAAUAAUUCUCAUCGAAUUCGCGAUGAUUGAUCCUCGAAUUAGCGAUUUAUUUUGCAAAUAAUGUUCAAUUGUUAGCUCGUUGGAACCGAGAAAGUAAUCGACGCGUUCACUGUUGUUUUACUUCUGCUCUAUUUCUAUUUUUUUUUAUCAUGUUCAUCGUUAUCACGUAUUAUUAUACGUUGAAAAUUACUUUUUUUUUGUUUUCAUCUAACGGAUUGGUGCAAUCCAAUUGAUCCAAUUUUUGUUAUCGAUUUAAUAUAAGUGUUUCAUUUUUAUGUUUACUAUAUUAUAUAUAAAUAUAUAUAUAUACAUUAUAGCGAAAGAAGAUAGAAUGAAUAUGUUAAAGAUUAUCAUGUUCAGCAGUGAACGUGUUUAAAGGAUCAUUGAUGCAUUUAAACUAGACUUUUUUCAUUUAUAUGCGUCGAUGGAACCGAUCUCUACGUACUUAUACUUUCGGAAGCGUGUCGAAGCAUGUCGAAAUAGAAUGUUGAAAAAUAAAAAAAAAAGAAAUUUCUACUUGUAUCAUAGAUAUCACAAGCUUGAGUUGUUUAGCAAAAAGCAUGCUUACGCGCUUUCAUUUUGUGACUCCGUGUACAGAGGAUUAGUCGUUCUGAUCAGUCUCAGGGAAAUAUCCGUACGCGUAUUCUCGAUAUCCUAUGCGUUGCAUCGAUUCGAACAGGGAUACGACCAGGCAUCGUAAAAAAAAACUAAUCGAUUGAUCUGUAAAACGAUCGUCAAGAUGUUGUUAUUUCCUCGUGUACAGUAGACAGAGAGAAAGAGAGACACCGUUUCGUCUUCAUACGUUGAACGAUCGUUCCAGAUCGAGAUCGAGAUCGAUCGAUGACUGGUCGCUCGCUCGCUUCUCGUUUUUUUUUUUAAUUUUAUUUAGCUGACGAUUUCUAAACGAAUAUUACCGAUUAUACCGAUGUCGUGGACAAGAUGGUGUGAUUUACACGUGUACAUACAUAUUUUCGAAUAAAAAUCUAGCGUCAUCUGCCGUAUGUGUGGCGUCGAAGAGUACCGGGUUCUUUUGCAGAUGACAAUUUCCGUGCAUCAUCCAUCGUGGCUGUUUAAGGAAAAGAAUGUUUGAGAUGAGAUUCAAAAAAAGAAGAACAUAUGAUAUAUAGAGGAGAGGGGAAAUGAGAAAGUUGAUGUAAAAGUAGAUCGAGGAUGAGUCGAGGCAGAAAGGAAAUAAUUGUACGUGUAAUGUACCUUUAAAAUGUAAAGUAGAUAUCGAAUAAUAGUGUAAGUAGCCUGGAAGAACACGACACUUGUUCAUAUUAAUUACUAUAAUCGCGUAUAACACACACAUUUGCGCACGUGUAAUUGUAUAAGGAAGGGAAAAAGAGAAAAAAAAAACCAGCGUUUUAGAGUUAAC